AGAUUCGUUUCAUCACAAACGAUCUCGUCUCUCUCUCCGCUCUCUCGCUCUUUCUUUUCUUCGUGUAUUUUUUUCUUUUUGAUUAAGUAGUUUUAAAAAACCUAAAAGCUGUCCGUUCUUAAGAAAGCAAGCAAACAACCCUUUUGUCGUUCAGUAUUGUUAUUGUUAAAAGAUAAAGCGGGAAAGAAAGCCUUGUUCUUCCGCUUCUGUUAUUUGUCUCUUCCUUAUCGAAGACCCCGUUGGCUGUUUUAGUUUGUUGUCAUUCACGCUGGUGACUACUGUUUGUUUAAACAGAAAAUUCCCCCCAAAACUCACACGCACGUGCUCUCCGUUCCGUCGUUCCGUAGCUCUCGCAUUCCCGCACACGACCAGACCCACGCGUCCCUCCCCCUCACACCCACGAUCAUCCUCAGCACAGUGAAAGGAAGGAGAAAAGGAAAGAAAGGCCCUCCAGACCGAUCUGCAUCUCGUCUUCUUUUUUUCUGCUGCCUUCUCCCGCUUCAUCAAGAGAAAAACACCUGCUGAAAACUCAAAGUACAAGAGAAGAGCGAUGCCACCGAAGACUGCCGCGUCGGUUGUGCGCAACGGCGCAUCGAAGCCGCACCCCAAGAGCAACGACCGCCACGCCCCGAAGGAGGAGGCCACCGCUCCGGUGCACACCGGCCCGCAGGUGAAGUCGCAGAUCGUCAACGCCGCCCCGGCGCCGGCGGGGAAGACUUUUUUGGAUGCCCUGCGCACGGGCACGAGGCCGGCGGCGCCGGUUGCAGCGGCAAAGGUUGUUGUCCCUGCGGCUGCCCCUGUCCCUGCUGCGGCGGCCGCUGCUGCCCCUGCGGCGGAGGAGCCCGUAGCUGCUGCUGCCCCUGCGGCAGCGAAGAAGGCGUCGCCCGUGCCGGAGGCGGCGAAGGCGGUGUCGCCGUCCCCUGCCCCAGCGGUGGAGACGCCGGAUGAGACGGCGGCGGUGGAGGAGGCCGCCGCUGCGGUGGUGGCGGAGCCCAUCGCGGCUCCGCAGCCGGAGCCGGUUGUAGAGGCGGCCCCUGCGCCGGCCCCGGAGCCCGCGCCGGAGGUGGUGGCCGCCCCGGAGGCCGCCGCGGCUGCCGCGCCUGCGGUGGCCCACGUCCCGGACACGAACUUCAGCUGGGCGGAUGAGGAUAUCCAGUUCCAGAUUCGUCAGCCGCAGUACUCCGCCGAGUACCCGACGGCGGUGUUAGAGAACCUGGCUCGCAACGUCGCCUUCAAGGCGCCGGAGGAGCAGAGCACCAUGACCUCCGCGAUCGAGAAUUUGAACCGCGAGCGGGCCGCCUUUGAGCAGACGAAGCGCACCCACGAGGACGCGCUGAAGAACCGCGAGAUGGAGCUGAACUCGAUGGAGGCGUCUCUGCAGGCCCGCGAGCGCCAGCUGCACGCCGGCACGGAGGCGCUGCGCGUGGACCGGCAGCAGCUGCAGACGCAGCAGGCGCAGCUCCAGGCCCAGCAGGCGCAGUUCCAGGCGCAGCAGGCCGCCGCCGCCCAGGCGGCGCAGCAGCGCACGUCGCAGACGCAGUCCCCCGCGGCGCAGGUCUCCCCCCGCCCGGCGCCGUCGUCGCAGUCCCCGCAGAUUCAGCAGCAGCACCCCCAGCCGCUGCAGCAGCCGCCGCAGACCCGCAGCAGCAUGUACAUGGGUGGCGCCGGCUACGGCAUGUCCGAGUGGGUCCCCGACCAGCGCGGCUGGGCGAACGAGGGGGCGAUGGGCGGGGCGCCGAACUUCGACAUGUAUCAGAACACCUACCAAGGCAACUACGGUCCGCGCAGCUACCACAUGCAGGGCGGACACCGCGGUGGCAUGCGUGGCGGUCUGCAGCCGCAGCAGUUCAGCGGCAGUCGCGCUCCGCCGAUGAUGGCGCAGCAGCAGCAGCAGUACAGCCGUCCAAUGCCGCAGGUCGGCAACCCGCGCCCCCAGCAGCAGCAGCCCGGCAUGGAUUUGGGCUUCCGCCCUCAGCAGCAGCAGUACAACUCCGUCCAGAACAGCGGCUACCCGCAGCAGCGCCCUCACUGGUAA